GUGUAGUAUUAACGAACACGUUUACACUGUGCACUGUUCAGUGGAAAAGGCAUACUUUUUAGUAUCUCCUUAACGGAAGGUUUUAUGAUCGACGGUAGACAAUUGUUCAAGGCAAUGGGUAAAGUUAAACGGAAAGCCAACACCAAACAGUGCUGCUCACUAAGAACUGCAGUAUUCGGCGUCUUGGUUCUCUCUACAAUAUGCAUGAUAGCGUACGAAAUCGUGAUUCUACACACGAUGGAGCAUGGGCCUGAUGUGAGUCCGUACAGUAGAACGCUGGUUGCACAAUUAUCAAUGGACACAAAAGUCGACGCAAUGUCCGUUCUAAGUGAACUAUCAGGAUUCAAAGAAACUAAUAUCGAAGAUGUUGGAAAAGAAAAAAUUGUAAAUUCUGUACAUUUUGUUUGGUGCGAAAAUAAAACGUUCACUUUUGCGAAUUAUCUCAGCGUCAUCAGCGUGUGGAAAAAUUUACGACCGGAUAUCAUCGAGUUUCACCAGACUGUGCCACCGUUAUACGACAAAUACGACGACUGGUUUGAAGAUUUACGAGCAACCAUUCCAAGUCUUUCUGUUCAAGAACUUCCAUCAAACUGGGACGGGGAAGAGAUGGGAUGUGGGGUGUUUUUCGGAUUGGCAGUCAUAGACGACAGGGGAGGUAUUUAUGUCGGAAACAACAUUAUUGUCAGCGACGACAUUUCUGUAUAUCUACGAGACGACAUGACACUCAUAUUCGACAAAUCUGCGUCACAUCCGGAAGCCAACCUGGCCGUUGCCAUGGCACACGAUCAUGACAAGGACUUUAAACAGUUUAUGCGCGCGUACGCAAAGUCGAAGACCGUCCCAGAACAAAUCAAAUUCUGUGGAAACAUCGACAAAGAACUUAAACUAAACGUCAAUGCAUCGUGUUAUGUUAUCGAUACCGAUAUUACCCCGCGUGACAUUUUCGACCUUGACUCUCCUUUCGGGUCUUUGGCCCGGCGCCUGGUGUACGGUUCAGAGGAGCUAAAGCGACCAACGCCGGUAUUGCCAGGAACCAUUCCGAAAAUCGUUCAUUAUGUAUGGUUUGGCGUACGGGAGAUGGACUUUAUGAUGUAUUUGAGUAUCCUGAGCGCCUUGUAUAUAGUUAACCCAGACAAAGUGUUCAUACAUGGUGAAGGGGGUCUAACGGGCAAGUACUUUACGAAAAUCAGACACGACAAACGAGUUGUACUUAUAAAGCGCGAGAGACCUUUCGAAGUGUAUGGACACAAGCUGUUAUACACGCAGCAUAGAAGCGACAUUGUGCGAGCGGAAGUGCUACUUAAAUACGGUGGAAUAUACAUGGACUGGGACGUGUUAUGGCUUAAGUCUCCAGAUGAACUGAUUCAAACGGGCUAUGAUACAAUCGCGAAUUUCGAUCACAUGCAGAAAGAGAAGUUUCCGGAAACUAUAAAUCUGGGCGUUUUAAUGGCUAAGCCGAAAUCCACUUUUAUUAAACGAUGGCAGGACGCUCUGCGGAAUUACAAAACAGACGACUUUCUUUACAAUGCAGUCGAACUGCCGUACAAGGUUUACGAGAAGUACCCGGAGUAUUUAUAUAUUGAACGCCAUCUUCAGGUCAUGUGUUUCCAUUUAAAGUGCCACCCGACGUUCAAGGAAAAUUACAAGGAUUUCAUAAACGAGCAGGCGUUCGAUUGGAGGACUGAAGCGUACGCCAUCCAUUUCACGUACCCGGAUCCGGAGGAACUGACUGACGAAAAGAAGUGUCGAAAUGGCGUGGGAAGGUUUGCGGAUAUAUGUCAUCAUAUCUUGAAACAUGAACAUAAGAUACCGUUAACUGUUAGUUGAGUGUUUUUCCAAAAAAAAUUAUAGGUAUAUACUGAAAUAAAUUUAGAAUUUAAA